UGCUGCUGCCAGCGAAAGUAACUCAAGUGUGACAGACGGAGCGGAAGCCCGCCAAGUGUUGGCGCAACUUUAACUGGUGGGGCACGAACUGCUUGCCUUCUGCUGGCAGGCAGCCAGCUCUUCAGUUCUGUUUUGAUCAUGACGGACGAAACAACGCCGCUGACCGCCAGCAGCUCCGGCUAUGUCGCGCUGCCGCCCUAUCAGGGACCCACCUAUGUGUUUCCUGGCGGCGUCUCCCCACGUGCGCGUCGCUCCAAACUGAAACAGUUCCAGUGCUGCAUAGCGGUGACAUUUGUCGUGAUUGUGAUUGCCGCCUUGGGCCUGGCGCUGUGGCUGAGUGGCAGUGCGUACGACGGGAGCAGCAGCGACAGCAGCGCGGAUGGGCCCAGCUUUUUCUUUGCUAGAAAUGAGUCGGAGUGGGAGAGGCUAGCAGGCACCAAGACGCCCAUACCAGACGAGCCGGAGUCCGUUUGGGCUCUGCGCCACGAGACGCUCGAUCCGCAAGCAGGCGCCCAGGCGGUAAGUGCGGGCAUCAAGGCGCUGGGCGAUCGUGAGAUACUGGAGGAGGGUCUGAGGCCGAGUGCCAUAAAUACGCCCCAGUUCCGGCACUAUCGUUCGCUGAGCACCAAUCCGGAGGCGCGCAAGUUGGCGCGGCGCGGUUACGUGGAAAAUCAGGCCACGCUAGAUAUAGCACAGAGAUUCAACUACAGCAAACAGCCGGGACGCAGCAAUAUUGGACGCGGUCCGGCCAUAGUGCUGCCCGAUCCGAUGCUGCUCCGCCUGGACUGUGACAUCAAUGAGCGCUACAGGCGCAGCACUGGCGUCUGCAACAACAAGCAGCACCCGCGCAGCUUUGGCGCCUCCAUGGUGCCAUAUCGCCGCAUGGUGGCGCCGGACUAUGCCGAUGGCAUUGCAGCGCCUCGCGCCAGCCAUGGUGGGCAGCUGCCGCCGGCGCGUCAAGUCUCCCUAAGCAUACAUCGCUCCAGUUACGAAACGGAUACGAAUUUUACGGUCAUGCUGGCGGUAUUCGGACAGUUCCUGGAUCACGAUAUAACGGCCACCUCGCUGACCACCGCACAGGAGGGCGAGUCCAUUGAUUGCUGUGCGCGCAGCGCACUGGAGCAACAGCAUCCGGCCUGCUUUCCCGUGCACAUUCUCGCGGACGAUCCCUACUACAAGCAAUAUAAUGUGACCUGUAUGAACUUUGUGCGCUCAGCGCCAGCGCCCACGGGCAGAUUUGGACCCCGGCAGCAGUUCAAUCAGGCCACGGCCUUCAUUGACGGUUCCGUGGUGUAUGGCAAUCUGGAGCAGCGCCAGCGGCAGCUGCGCAGCUUCAUUAAUGGCACACUUCGCAUGUAUAUCACCGAGGAUGGGCGGGAGCUGCUGCCCAUCUCCGCCAAUCCGGAGGAUGGCUGCAAUCGGGUGCAGAUGACGCGCCAGGGAAAGUACUGCUUCGAGUGUGGCGAUGAUCGGGCCAAUGAGAAUCUGCUGCUCACCUCGAUGCAUCUGCUGUGGGCCAGACAACACAAUUAUCUGGCACGUGGCCUGCACCGGCUCAAUCCCAACUGGACCGAUGAGCGUGUGUAUCAGGAGGCGCGCAAAAUCCUGGGCGCCCAGUUGGCGCACAUUACCUACAACGAGUUCCUGCCCGUGCUGCUUGGUCGCAAUCUGAGCCAGGCCAAGGGUUUGUUGCCUGCCCGCGAGCAGCUCGAUGCGCCGGACACCUAUGAUCCCCUUGUGGAUCCCAGCAUUGCCAAUUGCUUUGCGACAGCUGCGUUUCGUUUUGCCCACACGCUGCUGCCUGGUCUGUUCAAUGUGUCCAGGGACAAUAGCACGCCCGAGGCCAUGGAGCUGCACAAGAUGCUCUUCAAUCCGUUCUCGCUCUGGUCGCCACAUGGCAUCGACCACGCCCUGCUCGCCGCCUCAAACACGCCGGUGCUGCGCGUCGAUCGCUUUUUCUCGCUGGAGAUCACACAGAAGCUGUUCGAGGGCACCGCCGAGGAUCGUAUACCCAUUUGUGGACUGGAUUUGGUUUCGCUAAAUAUACAGCGCGGCCGCGAUCAUGGCAUACCAGCCUAUCCGGUUUUCCGACGCCACUGCCGCCUGCCCCCAGUAGAUACAUGGGAGCAAAUGGCGCUAGCUGUGGACAACGCCACCUUGGAGUCCAUCAGACAGAUAUACGACUCCCCCCAGGAUGUGGAUGUCUAUACGGGUGCGCUCAGCGAACCGCCGCUAGAUGGCGCCAUAUUAGGGCCUCUGCUUAGCUGUUUGGUCUCGGAUCAGUUUAUGCGCCUCAAGCUUGGCGAUUCGUAUUGGUAUGAGCGCAAAGUGGGACCUCAAAAGUUUAGCAAGCCUCAACUAGCUGAAAUAUAUAAGACCAGUCUCGCUGCCAUCAUAUGUCGCAACUCCGAUGGUAUCCAACGCGUGCGCCAACAUCUCAUGGAGCGCCAGAGACCGAACGGUAAUCGCUAUGUGAACUGUGUGGACUUGGAAGGAUUUCAGUUCGAUUUUCAACCCUGGUCAGAGGCGAAAGCGGAACCCCAGCUGCACAGGGCGGGCUUCAGUCAAGCCAUGACCUUGGUGCGACUCUUCACGAUCAAUAGUACAAAUGGACCGCUCGCUCAAGGAUCUGUAGCUAACUGA